AUGCAGCCGGAUCAGCCUGUGAUCAGCUUGCGCCCCGGUGGCGGCGGCGGCCCGCGCGCCGGCCGCCUCUUCUCCCCCGCCUUCGCCACCUCCGGCUCCGGAGACUUCCUCCGCCCGCACGGCGGGGGCGCCUCCGGCAUCUCCAAGAUUGGUGAUUCACAUUUUGAGCCACGCGAGCGUGUUCGUUACACAAGAGAUCAACUUCUCGAGCUGCGUGAGAUUGUUGAUGUGUCUGAGGACAUUCUAAGGAUCAAGCAAGAGAUUGAUGUAGAGCUUCAUGGUGAAGAUCAGAGCUGGGUUCGCAAUGAUUCAGCUAUUCAAGGACAAGCCCAAGCCCAAGCCCAAGCCCAAGCCCAAGCCCAAGCCCAAGCACAGAAUCGGUAUGCUGAGACUGAUAACCGUGAUUGGCGUGCACGGUCAUCACAACUGCCUCCGGCUAAUGAAGAGAAAUCUUGGGACAACAUACGUGAGGCUAAAGAAGCCUAUGCCUCUAGUGGUAGGCAACAAGAGCAAGCUAACAGGCAAGAUCAGUUAAGCUCCCAGUUUGCUUCGAAAGCUCAGGUUGGCCCUACCCAUGCACUUAUUAAGGCUGAAGUGCCCUGGUCAGCUCGAAGAGGCAAUCUCUCGGAGAAAGAAAGAGUCUUGAAAACGGUGAAAGGUAUUCUGAACAAACUUACACCAGAGAAAUUCGAUCUUCUCAAGGGUCAACUGAUGGAAGCUGGAAUUACUACUGCUGAUAUUUUGAAGGAUGUUAUAUCUCUCAUAUUUGAGAAGGCAGUUUUUGAGCCCACCUUCUGUCCGAUGUAUGCUCAACUUUGUUCUGAUCUCAAUGAAAAGCUCCCGACAUUUACUCCUGAAGAGCCAGGUGGCAAAGAGAUCACAUUCAAGCGUGUGUUAUUGGACAAUUGUCAGGAAGCCUUUGAAGGUGCUAGCAGCUUAAGAGCUGAGAUUGCUAAAUUAACUGGCCCUGACCAAGAGAUGGAGAGAAGGGACAAAGAACGGUUGGUAAAACUUAGAACACUUGGAAAUAUUCGGCUAAUUGGUGAGCUACUCAAGCAAAAAAUGAUUCCUGAGAAGAUAGUUCAUCACAUCGUUAUGGAGCUUUUGGGGUCUGGGCCCGAUAAGAAACCAUGCCCUGAAGAGGAAGAUAUCGAGGCUAUCUGUCAUUUCUUCAAUACGAUUGGUAAACAGCUUGAUGAGAACCCAAAGUCUCGGCGGAUUAAUGAUACCUACUUCAUCCAGAUGAAGGAGCUAACAAUGAAUCCCCAGCUCGCACCACGAUUGAGGUUUAUGGUUCGUGAUGUGAUUGAUCUUCGAUCACAUAACUGGGUGCCUCGACGUGAGGAGAUUAAGGCCAAGACGAUCAGUGAAAUUCACUCUGAGGCAGAAAAGAAUCUUGGAUUACGACCUGGAGCAGCAUCUGUCAUUAGGAAUGGCCGUAGCUCACCAGGAGGCCCCCUUUCGCCUGGAGGUGGGUUUCCAAUGAAUCGCCCAGGAACUGGAGGCAUGAUGCCUGGAAUGCCUGGUUCAAGAAAGAUGCCUGGAAUGCCUGGGUUGGACAAUGAUAACUGGGAAGUUCCCCGUUCUAGAUCAAUGCCAAGAGGCAGUGGCGCAGCACUAAUUGGCAAGAGUGCACUUUUGGGAACUGGUGUUCCACCAUCUCGUCCUCUCAGCUUUACACCUGGGCCAGCACCAGCUCAAACUACACCAUCACCAAAACCAUUAAAUGCAGCACCAGCUGUUGCCCCUGCUCCUGAUAAACCAGCCAGUGCUCCCAAGGGGAACUCUGCUGAGCUUCAGAAGAAAACAAUAGCUCUUCUUGAGGAGUAUUUCGGCAUACGUAUUUUAGAUGAAGCCCAACAAUGUAUUGAGGAGUUGCAGAGUCCUGGUUACUACCCAGAAAUUGUUAAAGAAGCUGUCAAUCUUGCUCUAGAUAAAGGCACCAAUUUUGUUGAUCCUCUCGUUAGGCUACUCGAGCAUCUGUACACAAAGAAAAUUUUCAAGACUCUAGACCUGGAGGCCGGUUGCUUGUUAUACGGUGCUCUGCUGGAUGACAUUGGCAUUGACCUUCCUAAAGCUCCAACACAAUUUGGUGAGAUUAUUGCUCGCCUGACUUUGUUGGGUGCCUUGAGAUUUGAAGCUGUGGAGGAGGUUUUGAAGAAAAUGGAGGAUACAUUCUACCGCAAGGCAGUUUUUAAUGCUGUCAUGAAAACCUUGGAAGCAAACCCAUCAGGUCAGGCUAUCUUAGGCUCACAGGCUGCUGUAAUAGACGCUUGCAACAGCCUUUUGAAGUAA